GGAACGGAUUCCCUCCUCUGAGUCCUCACGAGCAUCCACUGCAUAUCCGCGAGCGAGCUUCAGCUUCAGCUUCUUGGUCGUUCACGGACGCGACCGUGCUUGUCAUGCCGCCCACCCUACCUGUCUCGCUAAGUCCACAUAUCUGCAUACUAGCCUCGCCGGAUGUGCAUGAACUCUUCGAGUCGUCCGGAUUGCCACCAAUAGCCCAGACACUGCAGUCCUUUGUUCCGUUGCCCAACGUCACGACCAGGACGACCUCCUACACUUCCGUGUCGCACAGCACCUUCGCGCUCCGUUUCUCUGACCUUGUAGAUAUCGAGUAUGCUGCGCACGAAGAUGAGGAGCGAAGAGCCGCGCGUACAAUGGACUGGAUUGGUGCGCGUGUCGCUAAUCGGACCGCGGACUGGGUGAAGGCCAUGGAGCCCAAGCUUCCGAAGGCGGGAGCGGAGGAAAGGAGGGACUGGAGGGAUAAGACACCUUGGUGGGAGGAGGUAAGAGUCAUCAUCACCGUGUCUACUCGAGCCGUGAAUCCGCUUCAAGCUCUACAAGACCUUAAUACACGACCCAUAGACCUCCCUUCAUGGGUCGAACCCACCGCCUUGCGCUAUUACCUCAUUAUACAUCCCGCCGAUUCAGAAUUGACGGACCCCAUCGCGGAAGCUCUAUAUAAUGCGGUGAAGAAGCAAUAUGGCCUGAACAGCUAUCUGCUCCCACUCUCGCUCCCUACCGAUCCUCUUCCAGCCCCAGUUCCUGUUCCGGCUCUGCUCCCUCACUUACCCCCGCCGCCGCCACCCUCUUCAGCUUUUGACACACCGCCUCUCGCACCUGCACCUACUCCCGCUGGUCUAAUUGCUCCGGGUACACCACGGGGCCUCAUGUCCCCCAUGCCCCGCUCUCCUGGGCCCUCUGUACUUGCACCAGGACAGAGGGACACGUCUUCGCAAGGCCUCUCGCAGACAUCCCCAACGGGGUACGCCCUCAGACUCAGUGAGGCUGACAUCCAGCAGACCGGCAAGUUCGUGCGUGAAUUCGUUGUGACGAGUCUGAUCGUCUGGAUGGAGAAAUGCGUGAUUGAUUGGAACGAGAACUUCUCUUCGUCUCGACGACUGCCUUCGCGCCUGUUCUCGUCGACUCGACGCCUUUUUGGGUCCUCUGUGGCUUCUCCUACGGCCACCGCGCCAUCAACGCCUGCGCAUGGCUCAAACACUUCCAUAUCAUCAGUGUCUUCCAGGUUUAAGACACACCAGGCGAACAGUUCUAUCAGCUCUAUCGCUUCCGUGUCUUCCGCUGGGACGCUCGUCGAGGGAACCGUCACUCAACAAAGACGACUCGCUGAGUUCGCCACCAUGCUUGGCGACUACAAGUUGGCGACAUCCAUUUGGGAGGCUCUCAGAAAGGAGGGACGAGGUGGUUCGGAUGUGUUGCCGCUGUUGCUGGCACCUUCUCCUGCCCUGGCCCUGCAUGCUGCACAUGCGCUUUCCGUUUUGCGUUCACCAUCGAACCCCCACUUUCAAUCGCCCGGUCAUGCACAGUUGCGCGCGCUGUCGUAUGCAGUGCGGUGGGUAGUGGGAAUCGACAAACGCGAUUUCUUGGGCUCCGUUCUGGAAGGCGAAAGGUGGCUAGUCCAAGCUGCCGGCAGCGCAGAAGAGCCGCCAAGUAUGCUCUUGUACGCGCAUGCGGCUUUCUUGAGCGAGAAGAAGAACGCUCGGAGACGCGCCGCUUUGUGGUACCUACUUGCUGCUGACCGACUUGAGAAAGCAGGCACAAAAAUCCUCGCGAUGUUCCUUUUCCGGAAAGCCCACGAGCUGUACAGACCACAGACACCGAAGGAACUGUCACCAUCCUUUUGGGAGAGCGAAGCUCGGGAUCCCGCCGACUGGACAGGGUUCCCAACUGUGCAACCUGGCAUCGAACACGAGCUAGGUCGUCUUUUAUAUACUACUGGCGACACGGAGAACGCAGUUCGCUAUUUCCUUGGGCUUCUGCGAGGUGGCUCGGAUCUCAGCACGUCUCUAUCUGACGAAGGAGCGGAUGGCAAGGCACGUUUUGAGGAUCAAAUCACUACGGACAAAGUUUAUUUGGAGGACUUCCGAGUGGCUGCGAAGCAUUUGAAGGAGACCGAGCCAGAGAGAUGGAAGUCGGCCUCGCUCCAACUGCCUGUGACUUUCUGUGAGCCCAAACAAACCGGAGUACGCUUUCCUGGGAACAACAUCGAAGGCGAUCCUGAGGAAUGGACAAGGCGCGAGGAAGACUGGGCCUACUUUUGGGCGUCAAGAGGCAAAGAGAAACUCGAACGCAGUAGCAAGGCCGCCGUGGAUGAAUACUUCUGGGUCGACCUUGGUAUGCGGAAUCCUUUGGAUGUCGAAGUAACCCUAUCGGGUUUGUCCGUUGUUGUGCGAGAAACAUCUUCUCCAGAUGCCUCAGUUACUCCCGACUUCGUUGAAGUCGAAGUAGUCGACGGCAUUACCCUGGGUGCCAGGGAAUAUCGUACUAUCCCUGUCGCAGUGAAAUGUGCCAGGCCCGCAUCCCUGCAAGUCACUCACGUCGUUUUCGAAUUCCUAUCGCUACUACCGGUGUCUGAGUCCCUGGCGUUGCGCGGCCGACGAUUGCAUGAUACCUCUCAACAGAGACAAGUGAAGGCAUACGCUUCGGACAUCCUGAUCAAAGUUGACGUGGAAGACGCCGGACAACGCUUACGAGCGAACUUCGUCGAUGACAGGCACCUUAUCCUUGUCGAGGGAGAGUAUAAGCGUCUCAGGCUAUGGGUGACGAACUCGGGGACAAGACCAAUCAGCGAAGCCUGGAUGGUCUCGAGCAGAGAAGACGAACUCUGGGUAGAGUCCGACAAGGUUGAUGCUGACCGCUUCCCCGCCGCGUCAUCAUCAGAGGGCUCCCUCGCGGAAACGCUGAGGUUGUCGAAUUCACUACGCCGACGAGAACCCUUCAGGAUAUUGUCGGGCGACGCCCAAGGAACACCAGAAUUGGCCCCUGGAGAGUCGUUGCAAAUUGCUCUCACACUUCACGCGUCCCAGGUCGGCGAAAGAGAUCUCAGCCUGCUCUUCGUCUUCCGCGAGGGAGAAGGCGCGCCGUUCCGAUGCGUACGGGUAACAAGGCCCUACGAAGUGGCGCCUGUCUUCCGAAUAGCUGCUUCGGCAGAGCCCAGCAGAUCACUCGAACACUCUUACGGUCUCAGUCUUGAACUGGAGAAUGUGUCCGAGUCGGGAAACUUACGUCUGACACAAGUGACCACUGUGAGCCCAUUGUGGACGUCACAGUGUAUGGGAAAUUGCUCUCUUGACAUUGUCCAACCACAGCAGAUUACAAAGGUCCAUCUUGGUAUCAUCCCGUGGAGAGAGAGCCAAGGACCACAGAUGACUCUGCAGUUUGUAUCUAGCAAACUUGCGGCGAUUUUGCGAGGUGAACAACCGGAUGACUCUGAUCCGCCACCACUGAACAUAAAUUGCCAACAUAUAUCCAAGCAGAGUACAGCGAUACGUUCAGUGACGAUUCCAUCAAUGGCUCAUUUCAUCCACUGUGGUCGACGAACAUACAGUACCCGACGCGCCCAAACGUCACAUCCAUACAUACCACCCGACAGCCAUCCUCGCAUAUUCCCGUUGGUCAACCCUUACUCUAUAGAUAUUAUUCUCUUCUGGGAACUCGAGGGAGAAAGCCGCAGUGGACACGUUCUUGUGCCAGGAUUGUCCCUUGGGGCCAACCACGCAUACUUGGAUCGCAUAAUCGAUGAAGCAGAAAACGUCAAGGUCAAGCGAUCCAUGUAUGCCGAGACACAACGCCAGCGCUCAGAAAUCAUACGGGCCAUUCGAGAGAGCGAGUGGAACGCAGAGAUGGAUCCUACGGUUGUGAUUCCUUGCGUCGACGGUACAGUCCGACACGAUUUCUCCGAAGGCCCGUGCAGCGUAUCGGUCAGGUAUACCCUCAAAAAUCUCUCACCUACACAUCCGUCGCGCGUCACUUUGCGGAUAGCAGCGAGUCCAUCGGAUGUGCAGACACCUACGUUAUUAUCACCUCGAUAUGCGGGACGUCUCACCCACCACCGGGGGAUUGAGCCGUAUGGCACGGCCGUCGUUGACAGCAAAGUAUGGAUUACACGGCCAGGGAGCUUCAGGCUCGAUGACUGGACAGCCGAGACGCAAGUGAAUGCAUCUGAACGGACACAUACAAGGCAUCUUCGCUAUGUACAGGGACCUCCACUAGAACACCGUGUAUGUUUCUCCGUUGUUGACACCUCGCAGACAUAAUCAAGGAUGUAUGUAUUGAUCGUGUUACUUCACCCGCACCGCUACGCCCCUCUAAAUACUGAACGACACACAUGUGAUAUGCAGGUCGAUGUGCCUGCGUCAUGCGACAAGUCUCUCGCCUUCACUCGUGCCCGAGAUACCAUACGAGGACGUGCUCAACCUCUUCGAACCAUUCGUGGACUAGUGAGUGAUCGAAAACAUUUCCGUCCCAACUCAGUAGAAAAGAGAUGCGACCCUGGGUUGUGAUCGCACCCAGGUAGAAGUACGCGGGCCUUACAU